CUGCGCAGGUCACGGCGCAUCUCAAAACUUCAUCCCUCGCUUCUGCGUGUUCCUCUUAGUGCUACGCGACAGUCUACGCCGAUGCAAUAGGCCUCAUAACCGACUGAUCCUCGCGUGAGUUCUGGCAUCACUCAACUGAGGACAUCAGGAUGGCAUCGAUACCGCCACCUCCACCGCCAGGUUGGCAGCCUCCUCCGCCACCCGGCGCGCUGCCAGGUCUGGGGUCUUCAGUCCCACCUCCUCCACCUCCGGGUUACGCGCCGAAGACCGAUCCAGCCGCUGCCAAAUUGCAAGAGAAGAAACAGAAAUGGCUUCGAAGUCAACGGCAUCGCUUCGCCGAGAAGCGUCGUGGAGGCUUCGUCGAGACCCAGAAAGCAGACAUGCCGCCAGAGCAUCUGCGAAAGAUUGUCAAGGACAUCGGAGACGUGUCGCAAAAGAAGUUUAGCAGCGACAAGCGAAGCUAUCUUGGGGCGCUCAAGUUCAUGCCGCACGCGGUGUUGAAGCUUCUGGAGAACAUGCCGAUGCCGUGGGAGUCAGCAAGAGAGGUCAAGGUCCUUUACCACGUGAACGGGUGUUUGACGCUCGUCAACGAGAUUCCGCGAGUCAUCGAGCCAGUCUUUCAUGCACAGUGGGCAACAAUGUGGGUCGUCAUGAGGCGGGAGAAGAGCGACAGAAGGCACUUCAAACGCAUGCGCUUCCCGCCCUUUGACGACGAGGAGCCGCCUCUGUCAUGGUCGGAGAACAUUGAAGAUGUCGAGCCGCUCGAGCCGAUUCAGAUGGAACUGGACGAAGAAGAGGAUGCUGCAGUCUAUGAAUGGCUAUACGAUCAUCGACCACUAUCCGACACAGACCAUGUGAACGGCCCAAGCUACAAGAAAUGGAACCUUUCUCUACCGCAGAUGGCAACGCUGCACCGACUUAGCAAUCCCCUGCUCUCAGACAUCGCGGACAAGAACUACUUCCACCUCUUUGAUCUGCCUGGAUUCGCCACUGCAAAAGCAUUGAACGUCGCUAUCCCCGGCGGUCCUCGAUUCGAGCCGCUAUACAAGGACAUUGAUCCGAAUGACGAGGACUUUGGUGAAUUCAACGCUAUCGACCGUAUCAUCUUCCGUGCGCCAAUCCGAACCGAGUACCGCGUCGCCUUCCCAUACCUUUACAACAGCCUACCGAGAAGUGUGAAACUGGGUGUUUACAGCUACCCGCAAACCGUCUACGUCAAGACUGAGGACCCGUCAUUGCCGGCGUUCUACUUCGACCCCGUCAUCAACCCGAUUUCUUCUCGCUCGGUCGCGCCGAAGAACCUCACAAUCAGUCAUGAAGACCAGAUCUUUGGUCGCGGUCAAAAUGAAGAGACGACCAAGGACGACGAUGACUUUGAGCUUCCGGAUGAGUUUGAGCCCUUCUUGACCAGUGGUGAUGGCUUCAAGCUACCGGAUGAGGUUGAGCCGUUCCUCGCAGAUGAGGAGCUGUACAAUGAUGACACCGCGGCCGCUAUUGCUUUGUGGUGGGCGCCUUUCCCAUUCGACCGUCGAUCGGGCAAGAUGGUGCGAGCGCAAGACGUACCUUUGGUGAAGCAAUGGUACCUCGAGCAUGUGCCAGCAGGACAGCCCGUGAAAGUGAGAGUGUCUUACCAAAAGCUUCUCAAGAGCUAUGUGCUCAACGAGCUACACAAGCGACCGGACAAGGCCCAGAACAAGCAGAAUCUUUGCCGAAGUCUGAAGAGCACGAAGUUCUUCCAACAGACGACAAUCGAUUGGGUUGAGGCUGGUCUGCAAGUCUGCAGACAGGGCUUCAACAUGCUGAACCUGCUCAUCCACCGCAAGAACUUGACCUACCUCCAUCUGGACUACAACUUCAAUCUCAAGCCCAUCAAGACUCUGACCACCAAGGAGCGGAAGAAGAGCAGAUUCGGCAACGCUUUCCAUCUCAUGCGCGAGAUUCUUCGCCUGACCAAGUUGAUCGUUGACGCUCAAGUGCAGUAUCGUCUGGGCAACAUUGAUGCUUUCCAACUUGCGGACGGCAUCUUGUAUGCUUUCAAUCAUGUUGGUCAACUGACGGGCAUGUACCGGUACAAGUACAAGCUUAUGCAUCAAAUCCGAACUUGCAAGGAUUUGAAGCAUCUCAUCUACUACCGCUUCAACUCGGGGCCUGUUGGCAAGGGCCCCGGAUGUGGCUUCUGGGCUCCUGCUUGGAGAGUCUGGCUCUUCUUCCUUCGCGGCAUCAUCCCUCUACUCGAACGCUGGCUCGGAAAUUUACUCUCCCGCCAGUUCGAGGGCCGUCACAGCAAAGGUGUCGCGAAGACGGUGACGAAGCAGCGGGUCGAGAGUCAUUUUGAUCUUGAACUCCGGGCUUCCGUCAUGGCUGAUCUGAUGGACAUGAUGCCAGAGGGCAUCAAGCAGAGCAAGGUCAACACUGUCCUGCAGCAUCUGAGUGAGGCGUGGCGAUGCUGGAAAUCCAACAUCCCCUGGAAGGUUCCUGGCCUCCCCAAGCCCAUCGAAGACAUCAUUCUGCGCUACGUCAAGAGCAAGGCCGACUGGUGGGUCAGCGUGGCGCACUACAACCGUGAGCGUAUACGCAGAGGAGCCACCGUCGACAAGACUGUUGCGAAGAAGAAUCUUGGUCGCUUGACGCGUCUUUGGUUGAAGGCGGAGCAGGAAAGACAGCACAACUACCUCAAGGAUGGGCCGUAUGUGAGCACGGAAGAGGGUGUGGCCAUUUUCACCACUGCUGUGCACUGGCUGGAGAGCAGGAAAUUCCAACCGAUUCCGUUCCCCAGCGUGAGCUACAAGCACGAUACCAAGAUCUUGAUUCUUGCGCUUGAAAGACUUCGAGAAGCAUACUCGGUCAAGGGUCGCCUCAAUCAAAGCCAGCGCGAGGAGCUUGCGCUCAUCGAACAGGCCUACGAUUCUCCAGGCACCACCUUGGCGAGAAUCAAGCGGUUCUUGCUCACGCAACGCGCCUUCAAAGAAGUCGGCAUCGACAUGAACGACAACUAUAACUCCAUCAACCCCGUCUACGAUAUCGAGCCUAUCGAGAAGAUCACCGACGCCUAUCUUGAUCAGUACCUGUGGUACCAGGCUGAUCAGCGGCGGUUGUUCCCCGGCUGGAUCAAGCCGUCAGACUCUGAAGUGCCGCCACUUCUCACCUACAAAUGGGCUCAAGGCAUCAACAACCUGUCCAACGUGUGGAGCAUUGACGAAGGCGAGUGCAACGUCAUGAUGGAAACGAGGCUGGACAAGGUGUACGAGAAGAUCGACAUCACGCUGCUCAACCGCUUGCUGCGAUUGAUCAUGGACCACAACCUCGCGGACUACAUCUCCAGCAAGAACAACGUCCAACUCAACUACAAGGACAUGAACCACACCAAUGCAUACGGCAUGAUCCGCGGCCUUCAGUUCUCGGGCUUUGUAUUCCAGUACUAUGGCCUCAUUAUUGAUCUGCUUGUCCUCGGCCUGCAACGAGCCUCCGAGAUGGCUGGUCCGCCUAACGCACCCAACGACUUUUUGCAGUUCCGCGAUCGUGCGACAGAGACCAAGCACCCCAUCCGCCUGUAUACGCGCUACAUUGACAAGAUCUGGAUUUUCCUCCGCUUCACCAGCGAGGAGAGCCGAGAUCUCAUCCAACGCUUCUUGACCGAGCAGCCGGAUCCCAACUUUGAGAAUGUCAUUGGUUACAAGAACAAGAAGUGCUGGCCGCGAGACUCUCGCAUGCGGUUGAUGAGGCACGAUGUGAACUUGGGCAGAGCAGUGUUUUGGGAUAUGAAGAACCGACUGCCCAGAUCGCUGACCACGAUCGAGUGGGACGACACGUUUGCCAGCGUGUACUCGCGCGACAAUCCCAACCUCCUCUACAGCAUGAACGGGUUCGAGGUGAGGAUCCUGCCGAAGAGCCGGAACUUGAACGACGAGUUCCCCGUCAAGGAUUCCGUCUGGGCACUCGUGGACAGCGCCACAAAGGAGCGCACCGCGCACGCCUUCUUGCAGGUCACCGAAGAGGAUGUCCAGAAGUUCAACAAUCGCAUCCGACAGAUUCUCAUGAGCAGUGGCAGCACCACCUUCACAAAGAUCGCCAACAAGUGGAAUACCACGCUCAUCGCCCUGUUCACCUACUACCGCGAGGCUGCCGUUAGCACCGUCAACCUCCUGGACACUAUCGUGAAAUGCGAGACCAAGAUUCAGACGCGCGUCAAGAUCGGCCUCAACUCCAAGAUGCCCUCUCGUUUCCCACCCGCCGUGUUCUACACUCCCAAAGAAUUGGGUGGCUUGGGCAUGAUCUCUGGCAGCCACAUCCUCAUCCCGACAAGUGACAAGCGUUGGAGCAAGCAGACUGACACCGGUGUCACGCACUACCGCGCGGGCAUGAGCCACGACGAAGAGACGCUCAUCCCCAACAUCUUCCGCUACAUCAUCCCGUGGGAAGCAGAGUUCAUUGACUCGCAGCGAGUGUGGACGGAGUAUUCGCAAAAGCGCCUGGAAGCCAAUCAACAGAAUCGAAGACUCACUCUGGAGGAUCUGGAAGACAGCUGGGACCGCGGAUUGCCGAGAAUCAACACUCUGUUCCAGAAGGACCGCAGCACGCUUAGCUUCGACAAGGGUUUCCGCGCGCGGACCGAGUUCAAGAUUUACCAGCAUAUGAAGAGCAACCCUUUCUGGUGGACGAGCCAGCGACACGAUGGAAAGCUGUGGAAUCUCAAUUCCUACCGCACAGAUGUCAUCCAAGCCCUUGGGGGUGUCGAGACGAUCUUGGAACACACCUUAUUCAAGGCCACGGCUUUCUCAGGGUGGGAAGGACUCUUCUGGGAGAAGGCUAGCGGCUUUGAGGAGAGCAUGAAGUUCAAGAAGCUCACAAACGCGCAACGGAGCGGUUUGAAUCAGAUUCCGAACCGUCGGUUCACUCUCUGGUGGAGCCCCACGAUCAACCGAGCCAACGUAUAUGUUGGUUUCCAGGUUCAGCUCGAUCUCACGGGAAUCUUCCUCCACGGCAAAAUCCCGACAUUGAAGAUCUCUCUAAUCCAGAUCUUCCGAGCCCAUCUUUGGCAGAAGAUCCACGAGAGCGUUGUCAUGGAUCUGUGUCAGGUGUUCGAUCAGCAGCUGGAGGCUCUUGGGAUCGAGACGGUCCAAAAGGAGACGAUCCAUCCUCGUAAGAGCUACAAGAUGAAUUCUAGCUGCGCCGACAUCCUGCUUUUCGCGACCCACAAAUGGAAUGUGAGCAAUCCGAGCCUCCUCUACGAUACCAAAGACAACAUGGGUGCCACGUCUACCAACAAGUUCUGGAUCGAUGUACAGCUGCGCUACGGUGAUUACGAUUCCCACGACAUUGAGCGAUACGUGCGCGCCAAGUACCUCGACUACACGACCGAUUCGAUGUCCAUCUACCCGUCCGCCACCGGCUUGAUGAUUGGCAUCGAUCUUGCCUACAACUUGUACUCGGCUUAUGGUCAGUACUUCCCAGGUCUCAAGCAGCUCGUACAGGAAGCCAUGGCCAAGAUCAUGAAGGCCAAUCCCGCUCUUUAUGUCCUUCGCGAGCGUAUCCGCAAGGGUCUCCAAUUGUACGCAAAUGAGAGCAACCAGGAGUUCCUCAACUCGCAAAACUACUCGGAACUCUUUAGCAACCAGAUCCAGCUCUUCAUCGACGACACCAACGUGUACCGUGUCACGAUCCACAAGACGUUCGAGGGCAAUCUGACCACCAAGCCCAUCAACGGCGCCAUCUUCAUCUUCAACCCCAGGACUGGCCAGCUUUUCUUGAAGAUCAUCCACACCAGCGUGUGGGCAGGACAAAAGCGACUCGGCCAAUUGGCGAAAUGGAAGACUGCCGAAGAAGUCGCAGCUCUCAUCCGGUCUCUCCCUGUUGAAGAGCAGCCCAAGCAGCUCAUUGUCACCAGAAAAGGCUUGCUGGAUCCUCUCGAAGUCCACUUGCUCGACUUUCCCAACAUCAGCAUUCGGGCCUCGGAAUUGCAACUCCCAUUCCAAGCGGCCAUGAAGGUUGAGAAGCUGGGAGACAUGAUCCUGCGCGCGACUGAGCCUCAGAUGGUGCUGUUCAAUCUGUACGACGAGUGGCUGAAGAGCAUCUCGUCUUACACGGCCUUCUCUCGUCUCAUCUUGAUUCUCCGCGCUUUGCACGUGAAUCAAGACAAGACGAAGCUAGUGCUGCGCCCCGACAAGACGGUUAUCACGCAGGAGCAUCAUAUCUGGCCAACGUUGUCCGACGAAGACUGGGUGAAGGUGGAAGUGCAAUUGCGCGAUCUCAUUCUAAACGAUUAUGGCAAGAAGAACAGCGUCAACACUUCGUCGCUCACUAACACUGAAAUUCGAGACAUUAUCCUUGGUAUGGAGAUCUCAGCGCCUUCCAUGCAACGCCAGCAAGCCGCAGAGAUCGAAAAGCAGCAACAAGAGCAAGCACAACUCACGGCCGUGACGACCAAGACGCAGAACAUCCACGGUGAGGACAUGAUUGUUACCACGACGUCUGCGUACGAACAGCAGAGCUUCGCAUCAAAGACCGAGUGGCGCACGCGCGCAAUCGCGACGGGCAAUCUUCGGACCAGGGCGAACAACAUCUACAUCUCGUCCGAAGACAUUCGUGACGAUGAAGAUCACUUCACCUACGUCAUGCCCAAGAACAUCCUCAAGCGCUUCAUCACGAUUUCUGAUUUGCGCGUGCAAGUCGCUGGCUAUCUGUACGGCUCGAGUCCACGCGACAACAAGCAAGUCAAGGAGAUCAAGUGCAUCGUGAUGGUGCCGCAAGUGGGCAGCACGCGAGACAUUCAGCUGCCUAGGAAUCUGCCCGAGCACGAAAUGCUCGGCUCCCUCGAGCCGCUGGGUAUCAUCCACACCAGCGCCGGUAACGAAUCAAGCUACAUGACGGCACAAGACGUGACGCAACACGCCAAACUCAUGGCCGCGCACAACAGCUGGGACCGCAAGACCGUCACCAUGACUGUCAACUUCACCCCUGGCUCCGUCUCCCUUUCCGCCUGGUCCCUCACCCCAUCUGGCUACCAAUGGGGCGCCGAGAACAAAGAUCUCACUUCCGACCAGCCCGCCGGCUUCUCCCCGUCGCACCAUUUCGGCGAGAAGUGCCAGCUUCUGCUGUCCGACAAGAUCCGCGGCUUCUUCCUGGUUCCCGAAGAUGAGCGCUGGAAUUGGAGUUUCCUUGGAUCUGGUUUCGGUGAUCGCGAGAAGGGUAGAGUGUAUGUGGGUGUUGGUGUGCCGAAGAGGUUCUACGAUGAUGUGCAUCGCAGUAUCCACUUCCAGACGUUUUCGGAACUGGAAGAUGUGUGGGUUGACAGGAGUGAUAAUCUUGCUUGAUUGCGCAAGUCGAGACAGAGCGAUGUUCUCCUUUUGUGGUAAUGGCGUUGCGUUUGCACUUGCAUUUCCGGCAGGAACAUGGUGAAUGAGAUUACGGUAUCAUGGCAUGGCCGGCGCAGGCGGAUGUAAAGAUAGCACCUGUAUGCAUUUGUGUGAAAAUCAGUUCUUCUUCGACUUUCUUUCCAGAAGGCUAGGGUUCAAUAGAGGCGAUUCGAUUUUUGAACCGUCGAACUGCUGUGGCGUGGACGGAUUCUUCUUGCCUGCUCCACGCUUCUCCUCGAAGGUCAUAAGAGUCGUGGAUUGUGAGUGAGUCGUCUGCUGAAGCUUGGCCUUCGAUGUCUGCAAAGGGCCUUUCGUGCGCAAGGCUGGAGAGAUUUUGCGGUCGUCCAUGGCGAACCGACCUUGUUCUGCCAGACGAUGGCGACGAGGGGCGAGCAGAAGCAGGUCUGUCUUCUACACCUUUAAAC